AUGAAAUUGAAAAUAAAAAUUUGUUUAAUUUAUUUUAUUCUAACAGAAUAUGCAUUUGCUGCUUAAGGAUCUUAAGUAGCAUGUGUAGGAAAUUCUGGUUAAGCAUGUAACGCUGCUUGCCCUAGUCCACCAGGAGGAUGUACUUGGAAUACAUCUACAACUCUCACAAGUUGCCAGAUUAACGAGUGUUCUUACUGUCCAUCUUUUACUAGCAAUACUAGCGAUUAAUUUUGUUCCUCUUGUACUUCAGCAACUCCUUUUACAAAUUUUCAAAAUACAGCUUGUGUUGCCUCAAAGUUUUCAUGCAUUAACAGAUAAACUAAUCCAUGGUCUGAUUCUGAUUGCUCAACAUGUUAUGGGAAAACUAUGUAUGCUAAUAUAGCAGCAAGUUCCUGUAUUUCAACAACUGGAUCUUGUACAUCUCGAGGAAAUACACCUUGGAAUGAUACAGAUUGCACAGCUUGUAAUGGAAAGACUCUUUAUGCAAGUACUUCUGGGAGCUCUUGUGUUGCAUCUGUUGCUUCGUGUGUUAAAAGACAAAGUACUCCUUGGACUGACCAAGAUUGCAAUACAUGUAAUGGAAAAGCUAUGUAUGCAAGUUCAGAUUAAACAAGCUGUGUAGCAUCUUCUGCUUCUUGUAUAUCAAGAGGAGGUACUGAAUGGACAUCUGAUGAUUGUAAAUUAUGCAACCCCUAAACUCCAAAGCUAGCAAGUGGAUAAUGUGUUGCAAACUCAAAUAUUAUAUUAAUAUCUUUACUCAUAUUUAUUUCUUUGUUGAUCUGA